CAGCAAAGUCUCCCGUGACACACUGUACGAAGCUGUGAAGGAAGUCCUUCAGGGGAGUCAGGCAAAGACCCGCAAGUUCCUGGAGACUGUGGAGUUGCAGAUCAGUCUGAAAAACUAUGACCCUCAAAAGGACAAGCGUUUUUCUGGCACUGUCAGGCUCAAGUCGGCUCCGAGACCUAAAUUCUCUGUCUGUGUCUUGGGGGAUCAGCAGCAUUGUGAUGAAGCCAAAGCCGUUGACAUCCCACACAUGGAUAUAGAGGCCCUUAAAAAACUGAAUAAGAACAAAAAGCUAGUGAAGAAACUAGCCAAGAAAUACGAUGCUUUCCUGGCCUCUGAAUCCCUGAUCAAGCAAAUUCCUCGAAUCCUGGGGCCAGGACUGAACAAAGCUGGCAAAUUCCCUUCUCUUCUCACUCACAAUGAGAACAUGGUGGGCAAAGUAGAUGAAGUGAAAUCCACAAUCAAGUUUCAAAUGAAAAAGGUGCUGUGUCUUGCUGUGGCAGUUGGUCAUGUGAAGAUGACGGAGGAUGAGUUAGUGUACAACAUUCAUUUGGCAGUCAACUUCCUUGUAUCUCUGCUGAAGAAAAAUUGGCAAAAUGUGCGUGCCUUGUACAUCAAGAGCACCAUGGGGAAACCCCAGCGCCUGUACUGAUGACAUACAGAUACAUAUAUUUCAGCUAACAAUACAGUUCUUUUUAGCUAA